AUGGAUCUCCGCCCAGGGUUGAUUCUACUUAGCCGUACCUCUAGUGAGGAGGCUGACCCCACAACCUGUUGGUUCUCUCAAGGACCCAAAGUUUUGGCCCGUUUGCCACUAUUCGAGCAUGGCGUUUACCAAUUAUGCGGUGCCGUCACAUCUUCGUCUGGAUUCAAUAUGGAGAAGCCUGUCUUCGAGAUCCACAGGUGCCUUGCACCACGGGCACAAUGCUCCUCAGUAGAUAUCGCCUCCAUGGGCCGUAGCUCCGGUAAAGAUUAUAUAUUCCGUUUGGAGACAAUUUAUGCAUACUGA